GUCCCUUCGCCACUACCAGGCAUAUAUGUUGUAAAUUUCCGGUUAUAUAGACAUAUAGGCCACAACAGCUGUUCAAUUGCGAAGACUAGCCUGCAACUCCAACGUAUGCAACGGUGUAGAUCAAGUGUGGCGGCAAAUGAAUACCCCGGAUUUAACUACCUGGUCCCAUCCAGACGGCAUGGAUCAAUACGGCGCGGUUGCUAACAGGGUAGCCUUGUUCCAAUUAGGGCUGGAUUACGACUUCUCUGCCGCAGACUUUAAUGAUCCCUUUGAAUUCAACGCUUCAGGCUCUCAGUUCCCGCCGAUAGACUUUCCAGCCCCCGCAACGUCUUCAACGGACUCUCGGCCACGACCCAAGACUCGUGUCUCUCUGGCAUGCAUUCCAUGCCGUAGCCGUCAUACUAAAUGUGAUGCAAUUUCUCCGGCGUGCACACAGUGCAUCGGAAGUGGCAAAACGUGCGUCUACGCCGAGUCGAGGCGAGGGCGCGGCAAGCUGGCCAUCUUGGAGCAACGCCAGAUUUCAUCGAAUGGAGGAACGCAGGUGGAGAGCGAGGAGCGGCAGUCUAGGUCCGCGAGUGGCGCGAACUCGACUACGCAUUCUAUGGAUUCCACGAGCAGCAGCUUCUAUUUGAGGACGAGUCCGAUCGAUCUCUCUCCUGUUGGUACUGCCAAUGAAACCACAGCGGGGUGCAUAUCAGAGCCAGAAAACUCAUCCAAACUCUUGGAUUUGUAUUACGCCUUCUUCCAUGAUGCUCAUCCCUAUGUCCUUCCUCAAAAGUUUUUGAAUCAGCGGUUACAGACCGACAGCGACUCCCUGCAGCAUGUUCUGCCAGUACUGGAGUUUAUCGGGUCGCUCUUCGACCAAGGCUCCGAUAGGAGCUCCAUGCAGGAACGGGCGGAGAGUCCAUUACUAAUAGAUUCUCUGCCUGCCAAUGGCUUUUCCGUUCAGGCUCUUUUAACCUUUGCGAUUGCGGUGCACUCCUGUGAUGAAUUCACAAAUGCACGUGUUAUACUCGAUCGUGCAAUCCGCAUAGCUCUUAGCAUCAAUAUGAACUCGGAGGCCUUUGCAACUUCGAAUGGAGAGGGUAGUGCUGUACUGGCUGAAAGUUGGAGGAGGACAUGGUGGUUUUUAUUUCUGACUGAUAGCAUCUUUGCUGGUAUUCGGAACUGCCCAUCGUUCGCAUUGCAGGACAUCAAAUCAGAUGUCAAUCUGCCCUGUGAGGAUGCCGAUUAUAACGCAGGGAACAUACCACGACCCUACACUUUGGAAGAGUACAAUUCCCGUGAAUUUGCCGGAGAGGAACUCAAAUUUUCUUCUUGCGCCUACUUAGUCGAUCUGGGCUACAUCGCUGGCUCGAUCCUGGCAUUGGGGACGGAACCUCAGGGUACCUUCGAGCCUGCUGUCAUCAGUGCUGAUGCGAAACUGAUGAAUUGGUUCAUGUACCUCCCAAAAGAGAAGCAGCUCGUUGUCGAAGAUCCUGGGAAGGUUGAUGAGGUUAUGUUUCAUGCCAUUAUGCUUUAUAACACGCUUAAGGUCUAUCUUCAUCGGCCGCGGUCCCAGCUGGCUUAUGGCUCUGUCGAACGUAACUCUCGAUGUGCACAUCCACCAUCGGAGAAACUGGUAGAAGAGGAGCAACGAGCCUUUGACUUCCACACCACGAAAGUGCUCGAAGCCGCAGAAGCAGGCACUGGACUAUUUACCUUACCAAGCUCAUUUACUACGCACUCGCCUCUGGCUAUAUGCGGUUUGACAUUAUUGAUACUAGCUCAAAUGUCGGCUUGCCGCUUCAAAUUGAAGGGCGCCGAAUAUAAAGCGGCAAGAGAUCGCGUCAGGUUGGGUCUAGGUGCCAUCAAAGUAUUAGGAAAGGUAUGGCCCAUUGGUCAUGUAACGGUGGGAGAAAUACAAACUAUCGCUCGCGACGUACUGUCCUUGCAGAGGCCAGGCGACGAUGGAACGAUAGCUAACAAUUCGAAUGGCUCGACUGGCUCAGAUGGCAGCCUUGAAGUUGUCAUGACUUAAAGCCAAUGUGCGGCGAUGAACUCAAACCUCCCAGCGUGCGAUGGCGAGGUGCAAGGGUACGCGACCUCGUAAUACUCAAGGGGGACGUUCCAACGACACUGUACGAAGUUUUGCUUCUCAUAUCUUACCACAAAUUUAUCUAAUGAUUCACACUUCCUUGGCGCACAGUAAACUGCACUUUUGCUGCCGCUCAACGCGAUGUGAUAUAUUUUUCCGGAAAUCGGACCAACGAGCGACGACGACAACGACCCAAUCACAAGAAGUUCACGACAAACCGCUGAGUACUAUCUUUAAUAAAUUUUCAUUCAGUAUGUCGUCGGUUUUGGUAUUCAACUCAUCCACAUCCCAGCUUUCCCACAGCAUUCUCCCACGGACAGAGUUGGAUUCGGCACUGGCUGGCCACACGGAGAAACCCGCCAGGACAUCAACUGUGUUAAGGAUAUAAGUCAGCGUUGGAACACAAAAUACCAUAACGAAAGCAUAACAAAACAUCUUUACCUAUGUCCUGCUGUGGGAUCUUGCUCUUCGCCUUGGUCGAUGUGAACACCUCCUAAAUCCGCGUCUGGUCAGCCGCGCCAGCGGAAUAGUAGCACGCCUCGCAUCCGAGGUUAAUGUUCUCGCCUGUAACGGCGCCAAUUGCGCUCUCGCUGAGGCUGGUGAUGGUGACGGCUCUCGCACCUGAUUUGGCAAAUGCGAGCACGGUUUCUUGCCCUAUGCCGCGCCCGCCGCCGGAGACAAUGACCACAUUUCCAUUACCUCAUAGCUCAAGGCUGGAAGAGUCGAUAGGUGUGUAGACAUCAUGAUGGGUUAUAUGUGUCCAAGAGGGGAAGCUCAUGGUUAUAGUAGUCUGUGGGGCAUGUGGUAGGGAUUGCGGUAGUUGUGAUAUGGUUGGGUGCAGUUAGUUACUUGGGGUCUAUUUAAUAUCUAGUACGACCCCUGUUUAUCUUCUAUAUAUCUUCUAUUAUAUGGAUAAUUCAUAUUUUGAUCUGGCGAUGUAUUAUAAAUCUGGGCCACUUGCCUUUCCAUCCGCCAACUCUUUGCCUUCAAGUAUCAAUGGUAAGUAUGUUAUAAGAUCGUCGGCAAUGCUCUGGCAAUGCCCGGCCUAAAGGCUAUUCCCCGCCCAUCUAAUACCCGAGCUUUAGGGCCAUGGAUCAAAUUUCUUUCUCUCGUCUUUAG